AUGUGUGGCAUCGAAGAUGCGCCGCAGAGGAGCCCGGGGAGCAUUGAAGUAAUACUGAUACGAUACCAAAACAAGAAAAAUAAUCGAACAAAUUGUCGGCCGCCUCAGCUGCUUCCUGCUUCUCGCGAGACGCGGCGGACGAUGGAGGCGAUGAGGCACUCCUCCACUUUCCUUCGCCCUCCGGCGGACGCAGCCGCCUCCUCUUUCUACGCUCUCGUCGUUCUAAACCAGCGCCUACCCCGGUUCGCGCCUGUGCUUUGGAGCCACGCAAGGCUCCGCGUUUUCGCCGAUGGAGGGGCGAAUCGGGUGUACGACGGCAUGCCCGAGUUGUUCCCUGAGGUAGACCCGAUGGAAAUUCGCCACAGGUACAAACCAGACAUAAUUAGGGGUGACAUGGACUCAAUAAGGCCAGAAGUGAAGGAAUUCUAUAUUAACUUGGGUGUCCCAAUAGAUGAUUUAUCAAACGAUCAGGACACCACAGAUCUACACAAAUGUGUUGCUCAUAUCUGCGAAUCUAUAGAUGAACUAGAUAAGUCAAAUCUUUGCAUUUUAGUUGCUGGAGCUCUCGGUGGAAGAUUCGACCAUGAAGCUGGAAACAUCAAUGUAUUAUACAAGUUUUCAAACAUCCGAAUCGUUCUUGUAUCGAAUGAUUGUUUGAUCCAACUUUUACCAAAAACACAUUGCCAUGAGAUCCACAUCCAGUCAUUGGCCGAAGGCCCUCAUUGCGGAUUGGUUCCAAUUGGUGCGCCAUCAACCAGCACUACUACCACCGGCCUGCAGUGGGACCUGACCGACACAGGAAUGAGCUUUGGUUCUUUGAUAAGCACUUCAAACAUCGUGCUCGCGGAGAAGAUUACAGUCAAGUCUGAUACAGAUCUUCUUUGGACUAUAUCUAUUAAAAAGGACAUUUGAGAGACAUCUUAUGAAUGCUGUUUUUUCUGGUGAUUAUAGGCUUUCCAUAGUUCAUGUAUCAUUUGUAGGUCAGUCUGGCCUCAGCAUUACAAGGAAACUCACCAUGCCGUAUCAUUCUAUAUUUUUCUUUUCCGCAGACGGUCUUCUUGGAAUGAGUCUAACUGAGACCAUGUCAUGUUUGCAUCCAGUUAUACCAUUCAAGUCCCCCAAAAUAAAACCAGUGUAAUUUUGUUUUCUAUUGUAAUGAAACAAAAGAGGAGCUAUUUUUUUA